AGGAUGCAGACAAAAGGACAGAAGGCGUCGAGGAGACUUCUUGGAUGCUCGUUUGCCGAACACAACAUUCUCUUCUCCACAUCGACUCGCCUGCCUUAAUUGUGUUUAUUCAUCUAUUUUUUUGAAUAUGCGUCAUAACAUGUUUGUCAGCUGGCUGGGCGCACAGGGCGGCUCGUCCUCAUCAUGAAGAUCAAACACACCGUAACAUCGUGUUAGUUGCUGCUUGGCCCGCCCUGGCACCUGUUCCUCGGUUUGUCCUCUCGCUCCAUCCUCUGACAGAGCCAUGAGUUCAUCUCCGCUGACGUCGCAAGCCCACAUGGACAUUCUGGACGAGCUGCAGCUGAUCACAGCCCAGAACCUGGAGAAGGUGGAGAUCAAUAAGUACUACGAAGUGAUUAGGGAGUUGGGCAAGGGCACUUAUGGCAAGGUGGACCUGGUCAUUCACAAGAUCAGAGGUACAAAAAUGGCACUGAAGUUCUUGAAGAAGAAGACGACCAAGCUGAAGUCGUUUCUGCGGGAGUACAGCAUCUCGCUCUACCUGUCUCCUUGCCCUUUUAUCAUCAACAUGUUUGGAAUCGCCUUAGAGACGGACGAGUACUACGUGUUCGCUCAGGAAUACGCGCUAGCAGGGGAUCUCUUCGACAUCAUUCCUCCACAGGUUGGUCUUCCCGAAACAGUGGCUAAGCGCUGUGUGCACCAAGUGGCCAUUGCGCUGGACUACCUGCACUGUAAGAAGCUGGUCCACAGGGACAUCAAACCAGAAAACAUUCUCAUUUUUGACCGAGAGUGCCGCAAAGUCAAGCUGUCUGACUUUGGCAUGACCCGUCGGGCCGGCUCCCCUGUGAAACGAGUGAGCGGCACAAUCCCGUACACGGCUCCCGAGCUGUGCGACGUGUCUCGCCAUGAGGGCUUCUGCGUGGACUACAGCACCGACGUGUGGGCCUUUGGCGUGCUUCUCUUCUGCAUGCUGACCGGUAACUUCCCGUGGGAGAAGGCACUGGCCUCCGACUCCUUUUACCAGGAGUUCAUCCGCUGGCAGAAGAGAAGGACGAACACGGUGCCUUCCCAGUGGAGACGUUUCACCGAGCAGGCCCUCCGCAUGUUCCGCCGCCUGCUCUCGGUUGAGCAGGACCGCCGUUGCUCCGUCAAGGAGGUGUUCGGAUACUUCAGCCACUCGUGGAUGCUGGACGGGGAAAACAACAACAACAACUGUGCAGGCGGCGCCGGGGAAAGGGUCGUCGGAGGCAGUAACGCACGAGGGGAGGUGAACGACAUUAUUUCCUCGUCUUCGUCUGGGGAGGAAGACGAGGAGCUCCUGGUGGAGCGGAUGAAGCAGCAGACACUCUCUCCUCUUUCCCCGCUGUCUCUUGUGUCGCCAGUGGCUGUGGAGCGGGGAAGUGGGGGCGGGCCUAAGGGCAGCAUGAUGGAACUCGGCGGCGGCCACCAUUUCGUGUCGGUGUCCACCAACAGCUCGGUGUCGUCCACCAACAGCUACGAGCGGAUGCCGCGGGAAAACAGCUCGCCGGGAGGCCGAAUGCUGGUGGCCACGCCCAUCGAGAUUUGCGUCUGAGCACCUUGUCGACAUUUUCUACGUUAAUCUUGUCUCACCGGAGUGCUCUUCUUCUUCUUCUACCGCCCAUCCGACCACCGCCAGAUGUGCAUGCACGGAGAAAGACGAGCGCAUACAGUGUACACCCACAGGACAGAGGGAUACAUCGUGGGAGAAAGUACAAUAAGAGAAGACCAAAAUGUUGUUCCUAAAGCAAUACUUCGGAAAUGCAAAAAAAACAAAAAAAGGGAUGGAGCAUGACAUCUUCUGGGAGUUGAACUGGCAACCCCCCUGCGUUGUACUUUGUUGACAAUUUGAAGGAUGGAGCAGUGCUGUGGAAGGUGUCUCACUCCGUUUCAUAUUCCAUGGCUUAUUUUUUAUUGAAGUUUUAACACCUGUUCUUUUACGUAACACAUUCAGGACGAUGAUUUCUUAGUCACAGUAUUUCAACCUGCUGUAAUGGUGGGACCUCACGUCAUCCUUAAAAGGUGUUUAACAUGUCCACGCCACACUCUUUUAUACUCGUUGGCCAAAAAACACGACAAACACCAUCAUUUGUUUUCAGAAUUCAACCUUGCACCCCUGUCGCUUCCUCCCGAAAAAAGAAACAUGCAUGAGUAGUUCAAACAGCUGUACACACUAAAAAAAUAUCCAAUGUCGUGAUGUGGAAUCUUAUUGACGUAGCACAAGUACUCGUGUAAUAUCCAAGAGGGCCGUUCACAAUGAUCUCUUGAGAUGUUUUAGGGCUAAAAAAAAAAAGUUUCCAUUCAGUGCGUUUUAGUGUAUUUGUAUUAAUGUUGUGUAUUCAUGUCACCACCUUCAGGAAGUGGAAGGAAAAAAAGCAAUGCAUGACUUGACAAGAGCUCACAAGGUAGGGAAUUUAAGGAUAGUAGGAGCAAGAAGGUCUCUAAUUCAAAGAAAAAAAAUGUAACUAUUGGAAUGAGCCCACACAUAAGUCUGCAUGAAUCUUUGUGUGCCAACGCUCAAGAUAAUCGAGAAGAGCAGCUCUGUGAACACAAACACGUCAUUACGUAUCACGCGAGGCUACAGCCUCCUCAUGAACAUGCUUGAAUCCAAGCAUUGUUAACAGCUGCUCUCAAAUCAGCCAGUAUGCAAAACAACUCCAUCUUGUGACAAUCUCUGACCUCAUCGGACUGGGAACAAAAGGACACAGGUCGUGACGCCGACACUGAAGUCGCACUGUUCUCCUCGGGACGCUUGUUGUUGCUUUUUACUGCUCACGUGAUCUCCGUGAAGAAGAGUAUUACCUCAUCGUCCUGGUCCUCUUCCAACUACCAGCAUCAUGCACAACAACAGCAGUCACCUCAUCUUUGUGUUCCAGAAGGAGUCCUCCAUCUAAAAUAAACAAUUUUAAUUCAAUUAGUGCUUUCUUUUCAAGUGUAAACAAGGAUGAUACUGACCAAGUCUUGUACAAAGUACACAAAGUCAUCAGUGAUGCCAGAUAGUUAUUAAUAAUUUCACCCUUUGUAUGAUCGAUCAUUCCAUACUGGACGAUAAUUUCUCCAAUUAAAUUGAUCUAAAGGUAAAGAUUAUUAAUAAAUGUACUGCAUUCGGCCUGUGGUAAUGUUUUAAUCGAGCAGGUUUUCCUGGAAAUAUGAUCAUGUUGAUCUUCUGGCACCAGAGUGUCCAUUGGAUCUAUUGUGACAUGAAAUACACUCAGUGUAGAAGAUACAAAUAUGUGUAUUUACAAAACCAAGACCAGUGAAGUUGGCACCAUGUGUAAAUCGUAAAUAAAAACAGAAUACAAUGAUUUGCAAAUUAUUUUCAAGUCAAUAGACUGCAAAGACAAGAUACUUAACGUUGGAACUGGUAAACGUUAUUUUUUGCGAAUAUUAGUUAAUUUGGAACCUUGAGGCCUGCAACAUUUUUCAAAAAAGCUGGCACAAGUGGCAAAAAGACUGAGAAAGUUAAGGAAUGCUCAUCAAACACUUAUUUGGAACAUCCCACAGGUGCUUCCAUGAAAUGCUCAGUCAUUCACAAACAAGGAUGGGGCGAGGGUUACCUUUUUGUGAACAAAUACGUGAGCAAAUUGUCGAACAGUUUAAGAACAACAUUUGUCAACGAGCUAUUGCAAGGAAUUUAGGGAUUUCAUCAUCUAUGGUCCGUAAUAUCAUCAAAAGGGUCAGCGAAUCUGGAGAAAUCACUGCACGUAAGCAGCAAAGCUGAAAACCAACAUUGAAUGCCUGUGACCUUUGAUCCCUCAGGCGGUACUGCGUCAUAAACCGACAUCAGUGUGUAAAGGAUAUCACCCCAUGGGCUCAGGAACACUUCAGAAAUCUACUGUUAGUAACUACAAUUAUUCGCUACAUCUGUAAGUGCAACUCAAAACUCUACAAAGCCAUUUAUCAACAACACCCAGAAACACCGCCGGCUUUGCUGGGCCCGAGCUCAUCUAAGAUUGACUGAUGCAAAGUGGAAGGUGUUCUGUGCUUUGACGAGUCCACAUUUCAAAUACGAAAAGAACCAUCCGGACUAUUAUCGCAGCAAAGUUCAAGAACCCCCAUAACAUCAGCAUUAGUGCCCAAGGCAUGGGUAACUUACACAUCUGUGAAGGCACCAUUAAUGCUGAAAUGUACGUACAGGUUUUGGAGCAACAUACAGUAUGUUGCCAUCCAAGCAACGUCUUUUUCAUGGACGCCCCUGCUUAUUUUAGUAGGACAAUGCCAAGCCACAUUUUGCACGUGUUACAACAGCAUGGCCUCAUAGUAAAAGAGUGUGGGUACUAGACUGGCCUGCCCGUAGUCCAGACCUGUCCCCCAUUGAAAAUGUGUGGCACAUUAUGAAGCCUACAAUACGACAACGGAGACCCAAGACUGUUGAACAACUUAAGCUGUACAUCAAGCAAGAAUGAGAAAUAAUUCCACCUGGAAUGCUACAUAAAUUGGUCUCCUCAGUUCCCAAACGUUUGAGUGUUGUUAAAAGGAAAGGUGAUGUAACAGUAGUAAAAAUGCCACUGUGCCAACUUUUUUGCAACGUGUUGCUGCCAAUAAAGUCUAAGUUAAUGAUUAUUUGCAAAAAAAUAUAUAUGUUUCUCAGUUUGAACAUUAAAUAUCUUGUAUUUGCAGUCUAUUCAAUUGAAUAUAAGUUGAAAAGGAUUUGCAAAUCAUAGUGUUAUGUUUAUAUUUACGAUUAACACAAUAUGCCAACUUCACUGGUUUUGGGUUUUGUAUGUUGCCUUACUACACAAACUAUACCUGCAGCAUAAGUACUUCAAGUCGUUUUCUUUACCUAACUGCUACCAGCCUCUUCCAGCACAACAAGCAAAAUGUUAGGAAGCAUUGUCACUUCCUGUUUCGAUUGAUGUCCCGCACAAAAGAACCAAUCACGCAAUGUGUUGCCUUCUUCUUCCUCGGACCGAAUGUGGCGGGGCAUUGGUAUAAUCAUCGCGACUUUUGGCAGUCAAAACAAAAACAAACGAGUAGCGACGGUGCUCAUUGGAAAGGUAGGAAAUUAUAAUAAAGUAAAAGUCUUUCCUAACAAAUAAUAGAGUACAAACAGUAAUAAAGUAUUACUAUGCAGCAACAAUACCAAGAACAAACUUCCGCCGAGGCAUAACAAUCCUCUCUGGAGUCAGCACCAAAUUGUUUACCUAUAGAUCAGGGAUGUUCAACUAAAUUGUUUUGGGGGCCACACCUUCAGAAAGUUAGGUAACGUGACUAUUAGUUUUGUUUUGUAUAUUCCGGGCUGGAGAACCAGCGUCCUCUACAGUAGACAUUUGAUUUUGGCCUAUUUAUUGUCUCAGAGUUUCAGUUUUUAAGAACCUUCUACAAAAAAGCUAAUCAAAGAUCAUCUCUAUAACAACACGCUAGCGUUUUUAAGAAGCCGCUGCAAAAAUUUAAGUCUCUCGCAGGUUUUUGAACUGAACCUUGAGGAACACCUCUGGUAUUACAAAGAAGUUGAACUAACGACUACUGUCUGCAUCUGACGUAAACAAGCUACUGCAACACCUUAGUUACAUGAAUCACGUUAAGGAAAAAAUGCGUAACUGCCAAAAAGUAGAGAACUUAAAGGGGUGCUUUGAGGAACGCCUCAGUUAUGUGGACCCCAGUGUUCCAUGUUUGCUAGCAAGGUUAGCCCAGCAGGCACAAGACAUUAAAACAACGUUGAAAACUUGUUGAAUUAGGUCCUGACGUUGAGCAACUCAAACCUAAUGUUGAAACAACAUGCUUUUUGACGACGUUUAAUCAAUGUUGGGUUCUGACGUUGAUUUGACCAUUGAAAUUUGGUAAUUUCCCAACCAAUGUUUGACAACACAACUGUAACGUUGAAACAAGAUAUGUUUUGACAAUGUUUAUUCAAUGUCAGGUUGCGACAUUGAUUUGACUGUUGAAAUUUGGUCAUUUUCCAACCAGCAACGUGGAUCCAACGUAAAGACAUCAACGUUGUCUCAAUUUACAAAUACCACUAUUUUGCAACGUUGUUUCAAAGUCAGUUUUAAAGGACAUGUAUGUAGAAUCAACGUUGUAUAAAUGUUUUGUGCCUGCUGGGGGAUGUCAAUGCAAGGAUGUGCCAAAGUGUUACAGAGGUCAAAGUUCCUCUACACAACAGGAACACUCUGGUGUUUUUAGGAAUUUGCUGCAAAAAUGUUUGUCUCCCAAAUUUGAACUGAACUCAGGGGCCAGUCUGGUGUCUUUCCCAAGCAGGAUUUAGCCCCCGGGCUAGCGGUUGAAUAGCAUGCGUAUACUUGAAUGUAAGAUUCCUGCCUACUGUAGGAGGAGACAUAGAGAAGUUUUUUUUAAAACCAAAAACAUACACGGCAAACAAUGGAAUCGAAGCAUCAUUUAAAAACAGAUACUUGUUUUAUUUGAUCAAAUAUUUUUUCUCCCCCUUGUUUGAACUCUUUAUUUAGCUGAAGGAUUACGUACUGAAGUGGAGUGAUACCUAAAUUGUUCUAAUCAAUGUUAAUUGAUGCCUGAUUGAUUGUUAACGUGAUUUAUUAACUAAUUAUUUGGAGUGUGUCCUUGGCGGAGGUAAUGAGAUUAAUUUCACAGACUUCCACCCAACUCAACAAUUCUUAAACUGUCCUGCUCAAUUUCUCAGAUAUGAAUUGAACUGACUAAUUCAUCUGUACGUAAAUUACAAAACAUAAAAAAACAGAAUUACAUCAUAAGGAUUCUGCACCUUUAUCCAGAUCCAGACAUUAGUAUGUCGCAGUUUAUUGCCCAGUUUUACUCCCUACACUUUUGUCAUAAUGUUGUGGAUACUGACAAAAUUGUACCUAAGUGUAUGUUAUUUCUUGUGUUUUUACUUCAAGACCAUCUUUGGAAGCAUUUACGGCAGAACUGAACAAUAAUAGAUCCCUUCUUUAUUGUCGACUUGCAUUUGCCAACACCAACAUCUUAACUUCUUCUCAUCAUCAUACUCGUGCUUGUUGUAGUAGUUUUGGUGUCUUUCUGUCCCGUGACACAUUUCCCAGCAUCAUCUUUGUUGUGUAGUUUUAGUGACUAGUUGGCCACAAGCAUUCAAACUUGGUUUUGUCUUCGAAAUAAAACUGUCUUCCUGUAAACUCAACAUUUAGUCAAUAAAAUGAGAAUUCUUGUUGAUAAAA